AGAGACGUGACAGAGGAGUAAGUGGAGGAGGAGGAGGAGGUUUGUUGCUCUGCUGCUGGAGCAAAUCCUCUCCAGACAGACUCUCCUCUGCAGCCCCACCAGGACGCUUUAAACCACCACAAGGCCUCCCAAUACUCCCCCCCCCCCUCUCUGACUCGCCUCCAGGGGAGGAGGAAGCUCUCCAGACCUCUGCGAGCUCAUCCUCCUGCUCUCUGCAGAAACACGACCUCCCCCUCCAUAUCUUCUGAGGCUCCGUGAGGUCUGCGUGGUUUUUCCCUUCUUCUCCUGCGUCUCCUGCCCGGAGGAAUGAGGCCGCGGCUGCUGCUCGUCUGGGCGGCUUUGACCCUGAGCUGCUGCGCUGUGGUCGGCGCCCGAGAUGGCGAUGAGGACGCGGAGGAGGGGAACGGACUCUCCGGAGGUCGGGCCCCCCCGAGGGAAACCCGAGGACUAGUGGAGCCCACGGCGAAGCCAGGGGGGGAGGGCGGCGUGCGAGCGCCGGACGAGGCAGAGGAGUGGAAGAAACCAAGGAAGAAGAAGACACCUGAGGAAGUGGAGGCAGCCAGAGCCAGGAAGGCAGCAGAGAAGGAAGCCAAGGCAAAGAGGCAGAAAUCCCCGAAACCCACCAAGAGGCCCAAACCCCCGAAGCCCACCAAGAAACCCAAAGCCCCGAAGCCCACCAAAAAACCCAAAGCCCCGAAGCCCACCAAGAAGCCCAAGGCCCCCAAAGCCACCAAGAGGCCGAGGGCGGAGACCACGAGGCAGCCGGAGGUGGGGAGCCCCCCCCCCGGCCAGGAGGAGGAAGAGGAGGAGGAGGAGCGGCCGCUCAUCGAGCUGCCGGCCCCCCCCGUGACCCCCCCGGACGCCGGGUGGGAGGAGCCAGUCGAGCCGGACCUUGAUCUGUUGCGUGGUCGAUAUCCUGAUGAACGCGCUACGACCCCCGAGGUCAUCGUGUACGUACCAGAGGAAACCAGCUCCAGUCCGUACGUCGUUCCCUGGUACGAAGAGUACGACUACGCCGACCUGGCAUCUAAGAAACAGGAGGAGGAGGAGGAGAGAGCUCAGAAGGAAAAGGCAGAAAAAUCCGCGCGGCUGAAGAAGGAGUGGGAGGAGGAAGAGGAGGAGCGCCUGAAGAAGAUCUCACUUCCUGUUGAGCUGAAGAAGUGUCCCCCUCUGGGCCUGGAGUCCCACCGGGUGGAGGACGACCAGCUGCUGGCCUCCUCCCAGUCGGAGCACGGCCUGGCGGCCCACAGAGGCCGCCUCAACAUGCAGGGCUCCGGAAACCACGGCGACCUGUACGGCGGCGCCUGGUGCGCCGAGUCCGAGGAGAGGGAGCACUGGUUCCAGGUCGACGCCCGCCGGGAGGUGGAGUUCACCGGGGUCAUCACGCAGGGACGCAACUCCGAGCAGCUAGAGGACUUUGUGUCCUCCUACUUCGUGGCCUUCAGCAACGACACCCGCGACUGGAAGACCCUUCACGACGGCUACGCCGAAUGGUUGUUCUACGGGAACGUGGACAAGGACACGCCGGUGCUGGGUCAGUUCUCGUCGCCCGUGGUGGCGCGCUACAUCCGCAUCCUGCCGCAGAGCUGGAACGGCAGCUUGUGCCUCCGAGCCGAAGUCCUGGCCUGCCAGCUGCCCAGCAGCUACCGCAGUGAGAAUGAAGUGAACCCAUCAGACGACCUCGACUUCCGACAUCACAACUACAAGGAGAUGAGACAGAUGAUGAAGGUAAUAAACGAAGACUGUCCCAACAUCACCAGGAUCUACAACAUUGGCAAGAGCUCUCAGGGCCUGAAGAUGUACGCCAUGGAGAUCUCCGACAACCCCGGGGAGCACGAGACGGGUGAGCCUGAGUUCCGGUACACGGCCGGUCUCCACGGCAACGAGGCGCUGGGCCGGGAGCUCCUCCUCCUGCUGAUGCAGUUCCUGUGCAAGGAGUACAAAGACGACAACCCCAGAGUGCGCCGCCUGGUGGACGGCGUGAGGAUACACCUGGUGCCCUCGCUCAACCCCGACGCCUACGAGCUGGCCCACGAGAUGGGCUCCGAGAUGGGGAACUGGGCUCUGGGCCACUGGUCCGAGGAGGGUUACGACAUCUUCCAGAACUUCCCGGACCUCAACAGCGUCCUGUGGGGAGCCGAGGACAGAGGCUGGGUCCCUCGCAUCGUCCCCAAUCAUCACAUCCCACUCCCGGAAAACUCCCUCAACGGCACCCUCGCCACGGAGACCAAAUCCAUCAUCUCCUGGAUGCAGCGCACCCCGUUUGUUCUGGGGGCCAAUUUGCAAGGAGGAGAGAAGCUGGUGGCGUACCCGUUCGACAUGCAGCGCCCGUCGAUCUCUUCGGCCGACAGCCGGCGCUGGAGAGGCAACGGCGAGAUGAGCGAGGAGACGUGGGCCCGCAUCCAGCGGCAGAAUGAGGGCUCCCUGAGGGAGACGCCGGAUGACGCCAUGUUCCGAUGGCUCGCCAUGUCGUACGCCCACAGCCACCUGACCAUGACGGAGACCUACCGGGGCUCGUGCCACGGAGACGACAUCACCGGUGGCCAGGGCAUCACCAACCGGGCCAGCUGGAACCCCGUGGUGGGCAGUAUGAACGACUUCAGCUACCUGCACACCAACUGCUUCGAGCUCUCGGUCUUCUUGGGCUGCGACAAGUUUCCCCACGAGAGCGAGCUGGCUCUUGAGUGGGAGAACAACCGCGAGUCUCUGCUGUCCUUCAUCGAACAAGUAAAUCGAGGGAUAAAAGGUGUGGUGAGAGACGUGGAGGGAAACCCGCUGGCCAACGCCACCAUCUCUGUGGAGGGAAUACGGCACGACGUCAGAACCGCCGCAGGCGGCGACUACUGGCGUCUGCUGAACCCCGGCGAGUUCAGGGUCACCGCCAAGGCCGACGGCCACACCCCUCAGACCCGGCUGUGCAUGGUGGGCUACGAAUCCGGCGCCACCUCCUGCAGCUUCAUCUUGGCCAAGUCCAACUGGGACCGCAUCAAGCGGAUCAUGGCGCUCCACGGCCAGAGGCCCAUCCGGCUGGUGCCCAAGGUCACCACGCCCAAGACGACCACGCCGACCACCAGCCCGCCGGCGCCGACCCUCGACAGUCACUCGGCAGCGCAGAGGGCGGAGCGCCUCCGGAGGCUCCGCCUCCUUCGUCUGCGGCGACUGCGUCAGCAGAGGCUGAGAGCCGGUUUCACCGCCGCUCCCGCCAUAGCAACCACGACAACCCCCACAACAACCACCGCAGCAACGACGACGACGACAACAACGGCGGCCCCCACCACGACGCCCGAGGCGACCACCUCCUGGUACGACUCCUGGUUCCCGGUGGACGGCUGGAUGACGGAGAACCCGUUCGACAGCUUAGACGCGGCACCCACGCAGGAUUAUCCCUUCGAGUACACCAUCGACUGAUGGCGCCCCCCCCCCCUCUAAAAGUCAUGUGAUCCCAUAACUCGUCUGCAUCACCAGUGACGUCCACCCGGAGAUAAAAAGCUGCUUUUAUCAGUUCCAUUUUACACACCUACAUGUAUGUAGCAUGUAGAUGUUUGUAUGGUUGCAGGCAAACACACAUGAGCUCAUAUGUAAAAGCUUCCUUCAUGGUUCUGCUCUUCUGAACGUGGACAUCCACCCCUAAAUAUCCUUAUCUAUGUAGAUAUGCAUGUGUGCUAGAACCUGAACCCCAGAAACAUGUCACAGGUUCUACUCUCAGCAUCACUCAUUCACCAGAAGAAAUGGAGUGUUUUCACGUAAUCAAAGUCCACUUCGGUGGAAACGAGUAUGUUUUUUUGAAGGAAGUCUUCAGAGAUCCGGAAACCUUCUGCUGAGCAGAGACUACGUUCUGUUAAGACUCGCGUCAUGUGACUCGCUCCUUCAGGAUAUCUUUAGGAUUCUUUAACGGCUUCACGGUGCGAUUGCUGGCCUCAGUUAAACUGAAUGUUCUGCAUUUUAUUAAACAAUGUUUUAUAAAAAGA